UCGAAAGCAUACUGCUCAGUGUUAGAAAAACAUGGACUUUAAUUUACACUUCAUAACAGUCAUCAAUAUUCCAAAACAAUGAACCAUGAAGGCAUGUUUAUAAUCAGAAUACACGAGACUCACUUUUCUAAUUAACAAUAAUGAUUUUGUUUUAAAUUAAUCACACGUGUGGGCUAACAUUACAUUUAGAAACUAUAGGAUACCGGUAUAAGGAAUAUCAUUCAUUCAGGCAUUCGGUGUCAGUGACGACAGAUACGUAAACAGAAUCAAUGUUGUUGAGUGCAUUGUCUGCGGUGAGACGUUGAAACAGGGAAUGGGCAGGGUAAAAACUGCUGGCAAUGCUUUUAAAAGACACGAGGAGACUAUAAAAAUGGUUUCUUGCCCAUUGUAAGAAGCUCGACUUGAGAUAGAGUACGCACGGAGGGAGGGAGAGCUGAUAGUGUAAAGAAUAGAGUCCGGUCAGUCACAGAGUAACUAGCCUACUUCUGGUUCCUUCGAAACAGUGCGGGUAGAGUUGGGCAUACGGGGAACUUUCAGAAUAAUCGGCGAAUGUUUAAAGAUUGUAAUUUAUGUGCAACAUCCAGGGGUGUACAUUAUGUUUCUAAUCUUAUUGUAAAGGUAAAUUGUGAAACAUUUCUGGUUUGCUGUUAUAACGGUAACAUUUUAUUAUAGGUAUUUGGUUGAUCAUGGGAUGCGCUCCCUCUUGGUGAAGCCAAAACCUGGAUUUUGAGUUAUAUUUUUCUCGAACUGGACAGAAUUCCAAUAACUAGCUCAGUUAUUGAGCUUUUAAGGAACUCUCCUGUCAGUGUUUUUUUAAGCCGCGGAAAUGGGAGCGUGUCUACGGGACUGCGUGUCUGCGCCUUGCCUAAAAAGUUUCCGUUGGAUUGUGCUUCUGCUGUGGCUGACCUCUGCGGCUCACGGGACUUGGAGGACCGGGCUUUACAAAUACUCAACUGGAACUCAACUCAACAGAGAGUCGUCCGCAGUGUCUCAAACGUCUAUUUAUCAAAAAAGAAACUGGUGUCCCCAUACAGUGAGUAAGACUGUGACGUGCCAGGUUCAGAAUGGGACCAGCCUGCAGCGUGUCUACCAGACAUGUCGCUGGCCACAGGGUUGCACCGGGGGCAGCUAUCGGACAGUUGUGCGACCAUCUUAUAAAGUUGUGUAUCGCACCAUCACCUCUCUGGAGUGGAGGUGUUGUCCAGGCUACAGUGGCACGGCCUGUGAAGAAGACAUGAGAACAGAACAUAGAGGACGUGAGGUUUUGGGGAGGAGAGAAAGAGACCCCAGGAUCAGAGAGUCCGCUAACCAGCUGGGGACUCAGGAGGCAGUGAGGAAGCCGUCCACUCUCCGCCGGCCACCGGUACCGGCCCACGCGGGAUCAGGGGAGCAGCUCUCCGAUAAUUGUCUUAACUGUAGUGGAAUCACUGCCCUGGCGGACAGGCUCCGGUCCCUGGAGGCCAAGGUCCUGGUGCUGUCCUCACCUGCCUCCAGUUCUCAUCGCCACCUACAGGGAAAAGAUGUAUUGGCACCAGAGUCUUCCUCACAGACAGAGGCUCCACAAACCAAAUGCGAGCAGGGGCCCGUGGGUCCAAAGGGAGAUAAAGGCAGAGACGGGACCCCUGGACGAGACGGAAAGCCAGGGUCUCAGGGACUGCCGGGCCCCAGAGGCGAGGCUGGUGUGAGGGGCCCAUCUGGGACCCCAGGAUCUAAGGGGUCUCCAGGACCAGUGGGGCCCAAAGGUCCACCAGGUCUCCCAGGAGAGAGGGGUCUACCUGGGCUUCCUGGUCCUCCUGGACCCCCUGGACCCGCGGCCCCAGUCCCAGAGACGGAGCGAGGUCAGGGGAAAGAGCUGCUCCUCUCCAACACCUUCCCUGACCCACCAGGGCCUCCUGUCCUGGGUCUGCCAGGCCCUGCUGGACCACCUGGUCCUCCCGGACCCAAAGGACCCACGGGACCACCUGGCCCAGCAGGACAGAAUGGGAGGUCUGGGGCCCCUGGGAUGCUGGGACCGGUGGGGCCAAAGGGAGAACGCGGGGAGAGAGGUCCCUUGGGUUAUCCAGGAGAGAGAGGGUUUAGAGGAGAGCCGGGUGUACAAGGAGCUAAGGGAGACCCAGGAGAAAAAGGCCUGCCGAACAAUUUAAAUGGGGACGGGAUACAUCAGAUCAGAGAAGCGCUGAAGAUCUUAGCCGAGAGGGUUUUAAUCCUCGAGACUAUGAUCGGUAUUCAUGAACCCGACCUAGGGUCCGGAGAUGGUCCGUUUGGCACUGCGUCCCCAGUGGGUUUCUACAGGGAUAAGCGGUCAGGUGCUCUACCCUAUCGGCUCGCCCCCCCUCCUAUGUCCUCUGACACAAAGGUUCAUGGGAAGUAACCUCCCUACUGCAUCUCUGAGGAUCCAAGGUUGGGUUUUACCAUCCCUCCCUUAAGGGUUCUCUGGCACUCUACUGAUCCAGACCUUAUCUGAUAGCUUCUGUGGGCUGGACUCUCUGACACAAGGUAGGGGACACCUCAGGGAAGCUCCACCUGUGCUCUAGUCGGCCCAACUCCAUAGGGAACUAGUAACACCCACUCUUACCCCAGCACACCUCUCCGUUGACCAACGGCUACCCCUGUGUCCCAACCCUGUGGCCACAACUUGGAAAUAUUUCCAGAAAAUAUCCUACAGGCCUUGGAAAAACGUGCAACGUUACUCAUAAGAUAAAAAGGAAAACCAAUAUUAAAAUGCUUGAUAUUUUCAAUGGUGCUUAUGUAGCUGAAAACCAUUUUGGACUAUAAGGGUUAUUGUAGGAUAGUAUGAGGUAUAAUUAAAGGAACAAUCAAGUGUGAAAGAGACUGGAUCUGAGAAUUUGUUUGGACUAACCAGGUCGGAAAACUCAGAGGUUCACUUAUUUAAAUAUAUUGAGCAUGUACAGACUGCAAGACACAAGGAGCUACACAGUCUGUUCCUUUUGUUUUGUUUCUGUAUUGUUUAACUCCUUUUCAUGUAGUGCACUAUAAUGAUGAAGACGUUCCACAUCUUUCCAGUUAACAGUGACAUGUUAAGAAAAGUCAAGCGUAUCACUGUAUUUUUCUAAGUGUCUGAUAUUCCCCGCAUUAAAUCAAAA